AGAGCGAAAAUUCACUCCUAAAUAAUAUCAUUUAUUGAACAUUUUAUGUUAAUGUGUGCAUACUUAUCAAGAUGAACAGGUGGAACGAGCAAAACCAAAUUCAUUGUCAGUGAUUAUGUUUACUAUGUUGACUGAUUUCUUCCCUAUUUUAUUCAAUUUCUCAUAUACUCUGCAAAAAAUUUAGCAAGGGAAAUAUAUAGAGAAUCAUGAAAUAACAAUAGUAGAAAGAAACCACUCUGAAAUAAUUGCUUGCAAAAUAAGUUUACAGGGUGGAAAAAAUUAAUAAAGUUGACUGCUUUGACACAUAUAAUUAAUUUUUUAUACUCUGAACCAAAAAUUCAUUGCUGGACUUAACUGUCUUUAAAGGACAAGCCUUAGUAAACGAGGACGGCGAUAUCUGCUUAAUAGUGUUGGAACGCAAAUGCUGUUCGGGAGUUCCAACUAUGUUUAUUUCAGUUAUUAUUGAUCUUGGGUCACUUUUUCAGUUGUAUAUUACAGGUCUAGAUUACGCUCAUAUAUUGAUUUUGUACAAAUCAUGGGCAUAGAAAUCUGAUCCAUAUUCGAGCGAUAACAAGUAAUUCUACUUGUUGUAGUUUCAGAAAUUGUAAAUAAUCUGUUCAAUGUUAAUUAUAUUUUCGUGUCCUAUGUUUACUUUCAAUGAAAAUAUACAAAAGUAUCCUCAGGUGAGCUAAUGAGGUAUAUUUUUACUGAAUAUUAACUCUAUAUGAAGUUGGACAAAUCAGUACUGUCAUUGAGAUUGUUUGAUGUGAUUCAUUUUUCCUCUUGCAACGAUUACGCUUCUGAAUCCAAAACAUUACAUUCAUAUGGGUUAUGCAGGUUAUGAUACUUCGAAAAAAAAACAAAAAUUACUAGUCAUCACCACUGCUGAUGAAAUAAACUUUUACAAGCAAACGUCAACAACAUCGAGAGAAAUUAUGUCAUGGUUAGUUCUCAUUAUUUGGGUCAUGCUCGCCUACGUCUCUAAAUUCUACUUCGCCUUAAUUGGCUAGAGCUGACUGGAGUUUAGCCUUCUUGGGUUCACCCCACAAAGCUUUUGCAUCACAACGAGUAUAACCUGUUGUGAAUUUCCCAGUAUAUAAUAUCGGAAAGUCUAUAGAAAUUUAUGUUUCAGUAUGUUUUGCAUUUUAUUUCACUUCACGUCAAGUGAAAACAGUCACAUCAUAAUUCCAAGCAUUUGGAUUGAUAGAAAAGUUAUAAUGAAGUUUGGCAAUAUUUUCAUACGAUUGUCCACUCCCACGUUUGGAUAAUAAUGUUUUUUCAGUGAUAGAAAAACGAGGAAGUAGAAAAUGAAGGGGAUACUUCUUUCUACUGAAAUCAAGAAUUGUGGACCUGGUGUGAAUUAUGCUAUUAUACAGUAGCAUUCCUGAUCAAAAAAUAUUACAAUAUAUUUCAUAAAAGUUACAUUACUAGAAAAUUGUAAUUUUUGAAUGAGUUGCAAGCAAAGCGCAGCCGAGAGGUUGGCUACAUUAGCUGUUUCAUCGUCAAAAGUUUAAGGAGAUUUUUGAAAAUGUUCUCCAAUCCCCCUAUAUGGUAACUCUGCUCCGUUUGUCGAUUUUGAUACGUUAUAUCUCAUCUGUAAGUUUUGAUGUCUCAAUUGUCAAUUCUGGUGCGUGAACUGUCAGUUGAAAGUUUCACAAAAUGUAAAAAAAUGGUUAAAAACCUCUGAGUUAAAAACGAAACUUGGUAAUUUUGAACGUCAAAAAGUAACAUUUUGUUACUGAAGCACAGAUUGAAGUAACGCCAGGAACAAUUCUGCUAUGAUGCCAUAUUUCCAAUUAUGUUUACCUUUCUUAAUAGGUUUCAUUUUUAUAAUAUAAAAUAAUAUUAUUAUUAUUAUUCGAAUCGUUCACAAAUAUGUUGUAUAACGAUGAAUUAUUUUGUCAAGAAAUGUGAUAAUUCGAGGAGAUAUAUAAUUUAAAAGAAAUCAUAAUUGUGGGUUCUGUGGGCGGCUUCUCUAGCCACAGAUACGUGGUAAACAAUCACAAAAUUAAUAAUCUUUUUUUGGCCUAACGCGCCUGAAUGGAAGCAAAAGCUAAAAACAUAGGGAGAGAGAGAGAAAAUAAUAUUUUUUGCUGUCAUGCCAUACUAUCUUUGGACGCUUUAAAAAUUUGUUAACGGUUGAAAGAUUGUUGUACUUAUGAAAAUUUGCUAUUACAUUAUUAUAUAAAAUCUCUUUACAUUACAUUACCAGAUUACCAAAGAAUAGUCAGAGUCAGAAUAACUUAAAUUACCGAAUUACCAAAGGCAACGCUUAGUAGAAAAUAACAUUACUUCAUCCUCGGAUGGGGUAAACGAAAUGUAUUUUCACCUAUUCCCAAUCAUUAGUUGAUUGUAAUGUUAUAAAUGUAAUACUAAUAUGUAGCCACCGUGGUAAUAAUGAAGUGUAAUGUGGAAAUAUAUUUUUAUUUCAUAAUAUGGAUUAUUUCUGUGCUUUUUUCUAUUUACAAAUUUUCAAGCAGGGCAAAAGAGUAUUUUCUGGAUUACAAUGAUGAAUAUAAUGAUUUCACAGAAGGAAUCACAUUUCUAUGGAGUAAGAGAGAUAAAUCAGAUUUGGAAUGGGAAAGUAUCAAUUAUCUUUUAAGCUACUUUUUCCCUUGGAUACUUGUAUAUGUAGGGGUUGCCCAACUUUUCAGAUGCUUCAUCAUGUCCAAAGAGGUCCUGCAGAUUUGGGAGAUUUCAUUCACCAUUAUUUUUAUAUUGCUACAACUAGGCUAUGUUUCCUUAUUCUUAUUAUUACUACAGCCGGUACUCUUUUAUUCAGUUAUGUGUCUACGAACUGAAACAAUUUACACGUGGAUUUGUUCUUGUACCUCGAUAGCACUUUUGAAUGUCUACAAGUCGCUGAACACACAAGAAGACUUUCAAGAGCUGCUCAGUCUCAAUACAUAUGAGUCCUACCUCCUUACUAUGGCUUUGUUUUGGUUGAACCUGAAAUGUACAAGUUUCUUUUUAGUUAAGCCUAAUUCAUCCAAUCCAUUGGAGUUUUUCUCAUACUGCUUAUAUACACCCACAUUAUUUACAGGUCCUUUCAUAUUAUAUAGCGAUUUUCAAGAAAAUUUUGUCAAAGGUCCUCCUAAAGGGUUUAGGAAACUUGCUAAGAAUCUAAUGAUAAUUUUAUUUUGGUAUGUUUUCGGAAAUGUUUGUCUGCAUUUCAUCUAUGUGAAUGCAGCUUCACUUCAAUUACAGCUAAUUGAAAGUUUGGACAGUUGGUCAUUAUAUGGAUAUGGUUAUACAAUGGGACAGUUUUUUCAUUUGAAGUAUGUUGUAUUAUAUGGUCUAAGUACCAGCAUUGCAUCAUUUGAAAACAUUCAAGUUCCUAAUUUACCGAGAUGUAUUGGGAGAAUUCAUCUAUAUUCAGAUAUGUGGAAAUAUUUUGAUCCUGGUUUAUACACGUUUUUAUUAAGGCAUAUUUAUAUACCUUCUAUUACAAUCUUCAAGAAUAAGUCACUUUCAAGUUUACUGUGUUUCUGUUUCAUCUAUGUUUGGCAUGGUUUAGAGAAACAUAUUUUAAUUUGGACAGCACUGAAUUUCGUAGGAAUCAUAAUCGAAUCGGUUCUUUGGCCUCCGUCUAGGAAAAAUGUAUCCAAACAUACCAACCAUUGGGAAAGGCGAAUCAAUUGCCUUCUUUCAGCACCCCUCUUAGCGGUUUCUGCUAUUUCAAGUUUUUAUUUUUUUGCUGGAAAAGAAGUGGGAGACGUUUUUUUUAGAAGAAUAUUUACAGAUGAAUUAGAUAAUACCCUCAUCCUAAUGCUGGUGUUGAAUUGCUGUUGUCAAGUGUCCACACAGCUGCGAAGUACUACUGCCAGGAAAAUGUAAAGAAAGUAAAAAAAUGUAUUUUUCAUGAUUAAUAAUAUAAUAAAGAUUUAUGAAUAUAUAAAUAA